GGAACACCGUGGGAAAAUAGUCCAUACCCCUUACAAUGUCCUUUCAAUACUCGCGCUCCGACCAACGCGUUCUGCCCCCAGUGAAUGCACCUCAGACAUGGCAAGCUCCUUGACCCGCUGAUUCUACCAUUUGACCGCCUUAUCACCGCGUCAGCGGCGUCACACUAGCGGCAUCAAAUGGUGCGGGUUUCAAUGGUCAAACCAGCUGGGAGAUGGACACCGCCUGGUCAGGAGAUACUGUUCGUGAUGCCAGUGCCAAAUGACGAACAUCAGAAUUUUGUCUUUGGCGCCUGCAGGGAGCUUCUCUACGCCUCUCUACGCCCACCUUGAACUGGUGCGCGAUAAGGCCCCGGGCGAGGCGACCGUAGAUCCUGCCAGUACUUACCGGCAAAAACAUGGACGCGCCACGACCACGAACACCAUCGGACGAGAAGCUCUACGACGACGAGAAGCGGCCGGACAACGCAAGCAAUGUCGAGGCUGGCGCGCACGCAAUCCAGGCCGAGACGCACGAUGUGUACGACGAGGACGAGUCUGGGGUCGAUCCUGUCUACCUUGCCAAGGCUCGUGUCUUGAAUGAGGCAUUUCAGGAGAUUGGAAUGGGCAAGUACCAGUGGUACUUGUUCAUCGUCGCUGGGUUUGGAUGGUUCUCAGACAAUCUAUGGCCCAUCGUCACCGGCCUCAUCUAUACGCCCGUGGUAAACGAGUUCAACUUCCAGGGCCCCUUCCUCAAGCUCGGACAAAACAUUGGCCUCUUAGUCGGUGCUGCCUUCUGGGGCGUCGCUUCCGAUGUCUGGGGCCGACGAUGGUGCUUCAACCUCACGCUCCUCAUCACCGGUGUGUUCGCUAUCGCAGCAGGCGCGUCGCCCAACUACAUCGCGCUCUGUUCGCUCGCCGCUGUGUGGAGUAUAGGCGUGGGUGGGAACCUCCCUGUGGACUCCGCGGUGUUCCUCGAGUUCAUCCCUGCAUCGCAUCAGUAUCUCCUCGUCGUCCUGUCUAUAUGGUGGGCCUUCGGCCAGCUUGUUGGCAGCCUCGUCGCCUGGCCGCUGAUCGACAACUUCUCCUGCCCUGGCGGCGCUCCAGGCGACUGCCCGCGCGCGGAGAACCAGGGGUGGCGCUACUUCCUCUACGCUAUGGGCGGGCUGAUGCUCUUCUGCUUCGUCCUCCGCUUCUUCGUGUUCCAUUUGUACGAGUCGCCGAAGUACCUGAUGGGCCGCGGGCGCGACGCGGAGGCGGUCGAGGUGAUCCACAAGAUUGCGGCGUACAAUGGGUGCACGAGCAGCUUGACACUGGAGAUGCUCGAGGAGGCGGGGAGGAGAGCGGGCGGUGGUAAGCCCGGGGCGGAGGAACGGCCGAUGGCUACGAGUGCGUGGGGAGCGGUGAUGAGGCAGUUGCAGAAGUUCAGUGGGGACCAUAUUCAGUCCCUGUUCGCGACCAGGAAACUGGCUUGGUCGACAAGUGUACUCAUCGUCGUCUGGGCCCUGAUCGGCCUUGCAUUCCCUCUGUACAACGGCUUUGUGGACUACUUUUUGCAGUCCCGAGGUGCCGACUUCGGAGACGGCUCCGUCUAUAUCACAUAUCGUAACCAAGUCAUCCUGAGUGUGAUCGGGAUCCCCGGCGCCCUCCUCGCAGGAUGGAUGGUCGAGAUACCCUACAUGGGCCGCCGUGGGAGUCUUGCCCUGUCAACCGUCGUCACUGGCGUGUUCCUGUUCGCUAGCACGACUGCUCGCACUUCAGACGCGCUGCUAGGUUGGAAUUGCGCGUACACCUUCACGUCGAACAUCAUGUACGGCGUGCUCUACGCUGUCUCGCCGGAGCUCUUCCCGACGCGUGGCAGAGGCACGGGUAAUGCGAUCGUGGCAAGUGCUAACCGAGUCUUCGGUAUCAUGGCACCCAUCAUCGCGCUGUAUGCGAACCUCGCGACGAGUGCGCCGAUCUAUGUGUCGGGCGCGCUGUUCAUCGUUGCUGGUGUGAUUGCGCUGGGUUUGCCCUUCGAGCCGAGAGGCAAGGCGUCGAUGUGAGGCAUUUCAUUGAAAGCCGCGCUUUGACGUGUAUAUUCUUGGAGAGUGCAUCUUUACCAUUAUCUUGUACGAUCUCGUGAAUGCUUCCCAAUGAGCCGUGGCAUGGUGUGUGGGAUGCCAACGCUCAGACAGUAUCUGGAUCGUCCGGACUCAGAGCUCAGUCAGCGUGAUGGAUAAUUGGGCUCAGUGCAUGAUACGUACGCUGCCGCCCUGAACCUGAAAAUGGGCAAUGAGUGAUGAACGCAAGCGGCUGUAGACAGCAGCGAACUCUACUUGACAAUGG